GCGCAACAGGAGGUUGGUUUGAUUUGACUAAGGCAAGACAGAACACUGACCGGUGGUGGGUGGUGGGAAAGGAUAGGUGUCGGAGCUGCUCCCAGCGCCCACCCUGUGACACCAGAGCCUUAGUCCAUCAGUCCAUUCUAAUUCCCUCCACCCACUUCCCAAAGCCAGCGCUGCAACGCACACGCCACUAGGAGCCACGCUUCCUGAAAAGGAGCUGCUUUAGCGCCCUCCUCCUGUUCCCCCCCCCCCCCAUAUCAUUUUUUUUUCUGUUCUCCCCUGUACCCUCCUCUCCCAACACAUUUCCGCUAUAAACCGAGAGGACCGAGCGUCUCCAGAGCAGAGCUCAGCUAGCCCAAGCCUGCAGCUGCGAGGGGGUGCGCCAGUCUAACACCCAGCCAUCUGCCUGUGGACCCAGGAAUCCGAGAGCCUGCAGAGCUCUGGAGCAACCACUUCAACUGAGCCGCCGCUAAAGCACCAUUUCCUUAGGGAACGAGACUAGCUCGCAAGUUGAGCAGCAAGAUGUCUGAAUUGUAGCUCUCCUCAACUGUGGAGGAAAGAAAGGAAUGAAACCAUGGAUCCACUAUACUCACUGCCAGCUGGUGGACUGGAUGACAAUCUUCAGGGAGAAAAUUUUUCCUCUGCUUUCAAUAGCAGUGAAAAUAAAACAGUGGUCAUUCUGUCUCAUUUGUCUACUGUUCACACAGUAAUCAUCCCCAUCAUUUACCUCCUUGUGUGCAUGAUUGGGCUCAGUGGUAAUGCUCUUGUCAUUUACGUGGUUUUGCGGUAUGCUAAGAUGAAGACUGUCACCAAUAUCUACAUCCUCAACUUGGCUAUAGCUGAUGUCCUUUUCAUGCUAGGUCUGCCAUUCAUUGCCACCCAAAAUGCCAUUUCCUACUGGCCCUUUGGCACCUUCCUAUGCAGACUUGUGAUGACUGUGGAUGGCAUUAACCAGUUCACCAGUAUUUUCUGUCUUACUGUUAUGAGCAUGGAUCGAUACCUGGCCAUAGUCCAUCCCAUCAAGUCCACCAAGUGGCGUCGACCAAGGAUAGCCAGGCUUAUCAGUGCUGCUGUCUGGGCCUUCUCAUUACUGAUGUCCCUUCCAGUCAUCAUAUUUGCCGAUAUCCAAGAUUUGAAUACUUGUAACAUCAGUUGGCCUGAACCAGUGAAUAUCUGGUCAGCAGUGUUCAUCAUCUAUACCUCUGUCCUAGGGUUCUUUGGACCCCUGUUGGUGAUCUGCCUCUGCUAUUUGCUUAUUGUGAUCAAGGUCAAAUCUUCAGGGGUCCGGGUAGGCUCCACCCGGAGGAGGAGGUCAGAGCGGAAAGUGACCAGGAUGGUGGUCAUCAUUGUUGUUGUCUUUGUGUUUUGCUGGCUGCCGUUUUUCACUGCGAACAUUGUCAAUCUGGUUUUCAUCCUGCCUGAAGAAGCUGCCUCUGCAAGUGUAUAUUUCUUUGUGGUGAUCCUCUCCUAUGCUAAUAGCUGUGCGAAUCCCAUUCUGUAUGGGUUCCUGUCUGACAACUUCAAGCAGAGCUUUCAGAAGGUCCUGUGCCUCCGAAAGGGCUACGGCGUUGAAGAUGGUGAUCCAACCGACCAUAGGCUAGAGAAAAGCAGCCGCCUGCAGGAAGCCAUGCUGUCCUCCCAAAAUACGGAAUUCAAUGGACACAUGCAAACAAGCAAGGUGUAAAGAAACUCCUCCAUGAAGUAUAAAUAUGGUGGCUUACUAGGAUGAAGAUUUCAAGAAACCUGGAUUGGAGUUAAAAUGGGGGAACUCUCAUACUCCAGCUGUUGAAAAUCUCCAUAUUCCAUUUGCUAUCAAGUUAAGCAACUCAGCUUAUGGAAUUACAGGAUCCUCAUCAAAAAUGGGGUCAUAGGGAAGAGACAAAACUCUUGUCAAAGUUGUUUAGUGUGCAUUGCCAAUCUUAUCACCAUGGUGUAUUCCAAAAUUCAUCUGAUGCUUAAAAGUUGCUUCCUCUGAAGUUUGUUUUCUAAAGUAUAGAUCUGGCAUGAUAGCUACUAAUAGUAAUUACUUCAUUGCUUUGAAAGACUUGUGAAGGAAGAGGGGAAAGAAUGAAGACUCCCUCUAACCUUCCUUCCUACAUCCAUCAUGUUUUGUGAAAAUUGUGACUUUGGUUCUUUGUUUCUUCCUCUGUAAAAUGAGAAGGUGGUGGUGAACUGGAUGAUCUCUAGGGCUACUUCUACCUUUAAAUUUGAUGCUGCUUUCCCCAGGAAUAGUGAUGAGACAGGAGUUUGGUAAACUGCCUCCAGUUUCCAUUAUCAAAUAAACUUGUGUACAGAGCACUAGUUGGAAUGAGGAUGAACAUAGGUGCAUUCAAGCUUUCACUAAGAAAUGGUUCCCUGUUCUUAUUGGAAUGUGGGCUUUAAAUGUCCACUCCUUUCUCCAUUUUCAGAAGGGAUCUGAGGACCCAAUUUUGUGGGUAAUAUGGUCAAUAACUUUUUGAACCUUCAUGAAGAAAAGAGCCAAACUAAGUUCUACAGAACCAAAUUUUGGCAUUUCUUUCCUUGAUUCUGUUUUUGGGCCCCCCUUUCUUUUUUGGAGGUCAAGUGUGACUUGUUUCAAAUAUGACAUUUGAUGGGGAGCAGAAACAAGAAAUCUAUAACCUUUUAAACAAUGCUCUUAAUGAAGCUGAUGUGCAUUAGGAUGUUUGUUGAUAACCCCCAGUGACAUAAAAUAUUGAUUGUUGUCCAGUUGACAAGCUGCUGUCAUGGGGCCCUGUGUCUUUUUAAGUUCUGUAUGUCUGUGAUAGAAACUGGAAUUUAAAAGUUAUUUUGUGAAAUUAAAGAGAAUCUGAAUUUUCCCUCACUGAGCUAAAGAAGUUCCUAUCUUUUCUUGUCAUUGAUGCAUAAAGGAAGACAAGAUGACUAUCACUUCAACCUGGAUGCCACUUUAAUCUUGUUUGACUUAUGAGGCUAAGUAAAUACCUUGGGAGUAAUGGACAGUAGGGAGCAGGGAAACUUUUGCAGCUGUGAAGAGGGAGGGCUAAAGUGAAAUUCAAGAGUGGAUAGUGCAGAAGUCUUUGGUCCCUGCUGCCACUGGCUUGCUGAACCAUAUUGAUUCAGUGUUAGCAGAUACAGCUUUUGUCAAACUGCAAUCCAUGGAUCAGAAUCAAAGGAGUGUGUGCAUCUCCUUAAGCUGGCAAUCAGUAUCAAGUUCAUGUCUCCUAACUCAGCCUAAAGCUCUGUCUACCACUUCACAAUCAAUAAAUAUUUAUUGAUCAAA